UAUUUUUCCUCUCUCUCUCCCCUUUCUUUCCAUCUCUCGUCUCAUUCCUUCACUCUCUCAUUCUUCAGUAAGGUACCACAGCCUCCCUUCCAAGACUGUACAGCUAUUGGAGAACUGGAGAGAGAAAAAGCGAAUAGCAGCAGUCAUUUGUCGGAGCCAGCACAGAUACUGAGUGACCUGGGUGACAGCACACGUCAUGGAGCCGCCUCUUACUGCUCCACAUGGUAUUCAGAUUAGCGACAUCACCUGUGACUCAUUUCGGGUGUCCUGGGAGAUGCCACCAUAUGAUGCCAGGAGAGUAACUCACUAUUUCAUAGACCUGAAUAAGACAGGCGGACAGAAAGAGAACAAGUUCAAACAUCGGGAUGUGCCAACCAAACUGGUGGCGAAAGCAGUGGUCCUGCCUAUGACAGUGCGUGGUCAUUGGUUCCUGAGCCCUCGGACAGAGUACACGUUGGCUGUGCAGACUGCGGUGAAGCGCAGUGACGGGGAGUACACCGUGUCUGGGUGGAGUGAGACACUACAUUUCUGUACAGGGGAUUAUGCCAUGGAGCAGGUGCAGCAGCUGAAGGACAAGGCAGAGGGGAUUGCAGGCCGAAUGUUGUCAUUUCAGGUCUUCUACCGGAAUCAGACGGCAGAAUAUUUCCAGCAUGUCAGGGACAAGUGGGGAGGCCUGAUGCUUCCAUCCUUAAAAGACCCAAGUGGGAGCCAUGGAUCACCCAUCAGCAGUACCCUUCAUGGUGUGUUCUUCAGCUGCAAUACAGAAUUUAACACAGGCCUGCCACCAAAUGACUCACCCUAUGGAAGAUGGAGAGUCACUGUACCCGCCAGGCACCUCUUUAAUGAGGGGACAAAUCUUUACUUUGCCGACUUCUAUUGCAUGUACAGUGCCUAUCACUAUGCCAUUCUGGUGUUGGCACCUCAAGGCUCUCAAGGAGAUAUCUUUUGUAGCGCUCGCUUACCACUGCUGGACCCGAAGAACAACCCUUUCCUGACCCGGGGUGAACAGGGCAGUUACUGGCAUGCACAGGAUCUUAUUCUUGAGAUAUUCUACACUGACCCAGUGCCCCAGGGUUUGGGCCAACUGUCAGAGAUCAAAGGGCAUCAGUUAAUGAGCCUUUCAACAGCAAACGCCAAGAAGGACCCUAGCUGCAAGGUGUGCAACAUUUUUGGAGCUCGCUAGGGAGGCACAUGUAGUUUGUCAGCACUAUUUGUUGAGUGGCUUAUGGUGUUGAAAGUGUGUAGUGCAUUUCCAAAACCAAUCCCCACAGAACACCUAGUCCACAUGCAGACGUAAGAAUUAAAAGGGCAGCUUAGUUGUUCUUCCCUUGCAAAUAAAUGGGCUUCCUUAUGCGCUAUAGGCGGAACAAUGAACAGAGCAGGUUUCAGAACCAGUGCUUUGACAUGUGCCAAAAUAUUUCACCAGAUAUAGCAAAUCAGCAUGGAUGAGAAGUAAAAAUAUAUAGGCAGAUGACCACUAGCUGGGAUUUGUCACCUAAACCGUAUUCCUUAUGAUAUUGUGCCACAAAGAACUGUGUAUAUUCCUCCACAACAAUCAAUGAGCUUCAAAUGUUCGUUCUCCAGUUGUCAUUUUUAGCUCAGGCUUGAAUUUGAUUGGUUAGUGUGAAGAAACGCAGUUUGUCUUGGGUGUUGUAAUAAAAAAAAGAAUUGAAAGGAGGUUAUAUUGUUAGGCAUACUAAAAAACAUUUAAAUUGGAAUUCCACCCAAAAUUGGAACUUCAGCUUUAAGUGAAGGUGACCCCCUGACACGCCACCCUCUUUUUAGAGGCAUUCAGCUCCCACUUCCUCCCAGGGCGCCAGAAGGAAGUUCAGCCCCCAUGCAAUCUUCUGGGACACGUCACAGGUUCCAGAAGAUUGCCUGGCUAAUCACCGCGUGCAGCGUGGCUCACACACACAGUCAGAAUGCCAGCACUGCGGAGAGAAGCAGGGCUUCGUUCACACGCAUUGCUGGACCGUAGGACAGGUGAGUGUGCGAUUAUUAAAAGUCAGCAGCUACACUAUUUGAAAGUGCUGUUUUAUAUGGUUGGAACUCCACUUUAACAAUACACUGCUAACUCUAUCCUGAAAGAAUUGCAAGUAAGCUAAAGCCAAAAAGUCUUUCCAAUUUACUAGGCAUAAGUUUAAAUCCAUUCACAGACAGAUUCAGCAUGCUCUUCACAGUGCAUCAGGGCCUUCAGCCUGCUAUCCCAUACUUGUAUCUGGUAGCAGCCUCCGUCUCUGAGAUGUGUGGUCCCUGGAGCUACUAAACACAAGCAUUUUGUCCGUAUU